AUGUGCUUUCUACAAGAUAUUAGUGGUGUAUUUGUGAUAUUAUGUGUCCUAGUUUCCGCCAGUCACGCUCAGAGCGAUGUGAAAAACGGGCAAUGUAAUAUUCAAAUUCAUGAUGCCAAUCUUACAUUAAACUGUUCAAGACGCAAUAUCGAUAUCAUUCCCGCCUGGCCGGAGGAAAUAAACAAAGUCACAGAUAAAGAGGCUAACGUACUGAUAACUUUCUAUAACAACAGUAUAACGAAUGUCACAGAAUUAGCCAGUGUGCCAGGAAGUAAGGUCGCCGUCAGUUUCAAAUCUAAUAAGAUUUCUCAAAUAGAGGAUGACGCCUUUAAAAAUUUACAGUAUUUAUUUUACUUAGACCUGAGUAAUAAUCGAUUAUCAGGGGAUGUGUUGCGGAGCGAAAUUUUUCAAGGACCGUACAAAAAUGGAACGUAUAGUAACAUUUCUCUAGACACGUUAAACUUAGGAUAUAAUCAAAUACAUUCUCUCGACAAAUACCUAUUCCAGUAUACACCGAAUUUAACACGCCUCUAUUUGAAUAAUAAUCCAAUCGAAAUACUCGACCACGUGACAAUCCUUGCCCUAUCGAGUGCCACAAAAUUAGAGGUUCUUGAUUUGGCUAAAACUGACAUCGAUAAUAUUCCUCUGGACGCGUUUAGAGGAUUGGUAAAACUAAAACAAAUUGAUCUCUCUGGGAACCGAUUUGUCACAGUGCCAGAAAGUUUGAGCCUCGUAGGCAGUACACUACAGUACUUGACAUUUAAUAACAACCCUAUCAUAGAACUCAAUGAUGACAGUUUCUUAGGUUUAAAUAAUCUUCUUCAAUUGGAAGUGGGUGAAAAUGAUUACUUAGAAGAAAUUAAACGUAGUACAUUUACACCGUUAAAAAGCCUUCGAGUUUUACACCUGUGCCACAAUCGCAAUUUGAAAUAUAUCAGCCAUAAUGCAUUUCGAGAAAUAAAGGAUAAAUGGACGUUGAAAGAGGUAUAUCUUGAUGAUAACAACCUAAGUGAACUGCCAACUGAUUUACUACCAUGGGACAAAGUUGAAGUACUAGGAAUGACUGGUAACAGUUGGCUGUGCAAUUGUGAUUUGGCCGAUAUUGUUACAAAGCAAGGAGCUGGCUCAAAGUUUAAGCCUGGAGAAAUACCCUAUUGUGCUGCCCCAAUGAGACUAAGUGGUGCCCACAUUACAAAUAUAACAAUAUCCUUCUGCCCAGCAUUUGAUACAACAUUUGCAACAAAAAAAGGCUUUUCAUUCUCAGAUUUAAAACCAAAACAUGUACUUUGGAGCAUAUUAGGUGUGGCUGCUGUGGUAGGAGUUGGAAUGUUAUGUGGACUUUUAACAAAUGUUAUGAAAGCUUUCUACAAGAAGAAUAUAAGAAGAGCUCAGCCAAUACGCUAUAUUAACAUUAAUGAUGAUACCAAUUUUGCU